AAGAAUUAGAACGUAACCCUCCCUCUCUCGGAGAAGGGGGAAAUCUGUGAAAUCGCUCCUCAUGAUCUUACCCUCUGCCUGCUGCUAUCAUGACUUGUGGAGACCAUAUGGUCAUACUCGAGGGAAUUGGUGAUGGAGGUGGUAAAGCUAUCCAUUAGUCAAUGCUGGGUUCGGCUGGAGAGUAAGAACGGCACAUGCACGGGGGACAGUCAACAGAGCUUUACGACGAUGAACGGGCUCGAAUGAUAACAAGGAUAACAAGCAGGUGGACCCCGUCGGAUGCGUCACUAGGAAACAUGAGUUGUGUGCAGAAGGCCAGGAUUCAGUUCUUCGAGUCACUAAGAAGCCUGCCUUCGGUCGCAAUGGUAGCGAUAAUGUACACAUGUUCACGUAACGUUGAGAAUGGGCUCCCUGUUGAGCCGGCACACGUGCUAGAUUUGAGAUUUCUGAACAUUUAUUACCAUUAUCUUUUCCUCCGUAGUACAACUUCUGGCUCAAGCGUUGGGAACCAAAUUUCCAUCAUUUCUUGUAACCAAAGCGCCAGGUCCCACGCCACACUUCAACUAAAUUUCUCACUCGAUGCAGUCAGGCGUCUCGUACGUCAUACACCAAAUUGACCUGAUCUGACCUCCUUAGCCGCACCGUCAAGUGAAGAAAGUACAGCUGAAUUUGGG